CAGCAGGAAGCAGCCGCCGGCACGAGCUGCGCUCACAUGGCAGCGCUGCGGUACCUGCUCUUUGCAGUCCUGCUUCACUGGGCAAUGCAGCCCGGGCACGGCGCAGCCACGGAGGUGACCGGCGUCGUGGGCAAGUCCGUCACCUUUCGCCUCGUGAGCCCGGCGGGAAGACACGUGGCCUGGAGCGUCAGGAGCGAACUGAUAGCGACCGUCACGCUGGGAAACCCUCCUGAAGUCAUCUUUUUUGACCAAAACUACGUGAGCCGCCUGUCCUUCCCGGACAACGGCACCGCGGUCACCAUCUCGCGGCUGGUGAUGGAAGACGCCGGCAGCUACACGGCUCAGCUCCCCGAGAAGGCAAAGCUCGUCUUCGACCUGCGCGUGUACCCGGAGCUGCCGCAGCCGGCGGUGACCUGUGUCUGGCGCAACUGCUCCGACACCGGCUGCGACUACAAACUGCGCUGCGCCGUGCCGGCCCCGGCGGCCAACGUCUCCUACGGCUGGAGCGCCCCGGGCGCGCCGCUGGGCAAUGCCUCCGUGCUGCUCCUGGAGCUGCUGCCGGCCGAGGAGCUGCCCGUCACCUGCACGGCGCGAAACCCCGUCAGCAGCAGCAACGUCACGGUGCAGCCCGUGGGCACCUGCGCAGAAAUGCCCUCCCGCGGCCGAACUGCCAUCACUGCAAUGCUGGCGGUGGGCACCGUGGUGGUUGUCGUGCUGCUCGUCGCCGGGAUCAGCUACUGCCGCGCCAAAGGCCGACGCGUCUCCUCUUUGCUCAACGGCAGCGCAGGCAAAGCAGAGGCCGGCGCCGCGGACCUGACGCUGUACGCCCAGGUGGGCCCCCCCUCUCGCCCGGUGAGCCCCGUCCCCCCCGCCCAAUGCAGCCCCGCAGCCGCGGCUCCCGGAGCCGGGGCGGGUCGGCAGCCCCCGCCGAGCGCCGGUCUCUCCCAGCGCCCUUCGGAUCGCUCCGCGCAGCACCCCGCGCGGAGUUCCCCCAGCGCGGAGAGAGCCGCUGCCGAGGAAACCUGCAAAACCGUCUAUUCCACGGUGCAGGCUGCAGCCCGGCUGCAGACGGACGACGAGAAGAUCCGCGCCAGGGUCCCGGCGUGGCCGGAGCACGGCGAGAAGAGCCUCCCCGCGCCGGCCCUGCACCGGCCCUGAUCGCCCCGGCCCCACGGCCGCUCUCCUGCCUUUUGGGGGGGGGGGGGGACGCAGCCCCUCGGCGUCCGCCUGGCGCCGGCUCCUUCCUCGUCCCCUCGGGGUGGAGCGAGGGAUGUGCCGGGGAACGGCGGCGGCGGCAGUGGCGAGAUGCAGCCGUCCCCGGGCGGAGAAAGCAGCGUUUUGAGCCCCGACUCCGAGAGGCCGCAGCAGCGAGGCGGCCGGGGGGGGUCGGGGGGACGCUGCGCGGCGCAGGACAGCACCUGCGAGGCCGCGGGGACCGGCCGCCCCGGCACCGCUCGUGUCGGUGCGGGAAGGAGCGAAGCAGCGCAGCGCCGGACCCGGGCGGCUCUCGGCCCCUUCCGCGGCGCUGCCGCCGGACGCGCGGACACACGGACGCACCUUCGCCUUGUGUGCAGAGUCGGCGAACUACGCAGGGGUGAACCUGGAGGCGCUUUGAAGUGCGGGACAUGGCAGAGACCUCCAGGAGUACUGUAAUAAAAACACGCGACGUGGCUGAGCUCCGUCCUCGUUGGCCGUUUUUUUUUUUUUUCUGCCGAAACAGCCCAGUAUUGGCAAACCCGGGCAGCUUGCUGCGUCUCCGCGGCGCGGCUCCCUGCAAGGGCGAGCGCGGGAGCCGAAACUGCCCCCGGGACCCUCCGCGGCCGUGAACCAGCGGCGUUGCGGGGCCGCCAC